AUGCUGCAUAAGGCACGUUGGGGCGCCGCCAGCGCCUUCCCCCGCCCGCGCCUUCUACCGCCCGCUCCUUCCCCCGCCCGUUCCUUCCCCUGCCCGCUCCUUCCGCCGCCCACGCUUCCCGUGCCCGCGCCUUCCCCCGGCCGCCCCUUCCCCCGCCCGCGCCAUUCCCUGCCGGCGUCUAACCCUGUCCACGCAUUCCCUCCCUUGUCGGCGCCUUCCCUGCCCGCACCCUCUCCUGCCUGCGCCCUCUCCUGCCCGCGCCUUCUUCUGCCCGCGCCUCCCCUGCCCGCGCCUUCCCCUGCCCUCACCUUCCCCUGCCCUCACCUUCCCCUGCCCUCACCUUCCCCUGCCCUCACCUUCCCCUGCCCUCGCCUUCUCCUGCCCUCAACUUCACUCCCCUGCCCUCACCUUUCUCCUCGCAUAACUCGUCCAUGCCCCUGUCUCUUCCUGCCCACAUGCAGGCAUGGGCAGUUCGCCUAUGGCCUGGAAUCCCCCUCUCUGCUGCCCCCCAAUUCCAUCUCUCUUCCACAGGGACCUUCCCAACCCGAAAUAUCUGACUCCAUCUCAUGGUCCCCAUCUCCCCCUGCCCACAUGCAGGCAUGGCAGUCAGCCUACGGGCUGGACUCCCCCUCUCUGCUGCCGCCCAAGGCCAUCUCCCUCGCGCGCAACCUCCCGCCGCCCGCCCACCUGGAGGACAGCACCACCCGCACGUCCGCCAAACAGGGCGCCGAGAGGGCCGGGGUGGCGUGGGCGGUGUCGGGCGGCAACGGCUCGUAUGCGCGCCCAGCCUUUUCCACCCCAUGGUCCCACCUCACUCCAUUACCUCCCCCCUUUCUCUCCUCCCCUCUUCACCAGGUGUACGGCCCGAACGACAGCAAUUUGGCUCUCACGCGCUCCGUGCAGCGCGACAUCUGGCUCUCGCAGUUCCCCCCGGGCUUUUGCGAUGGAAAACGCCUGCUCAUUGUGCCCUGGGUGCUGGACAGUGGUUCGCAAGGGUUGGGAGGUUUGGAGGGGCUGGCUCUGCAGGUGCAUUUGAUGGGUGCGCUGCUGGGGUUGGCAGUGGAGACAGGGCGAGUGCUCGUCCCAGUCUCUGGCUCCUUCAGCUAUGCCAACAAGUCUGCUUGUAAAGCCAUGGGCAAGCAGGGCCAAUGGGGGUGCUACUUCUCCCCCAUCGCCUCCUCUGACUGCUCCAAGCGCGCUCAGAAGGAGAUGCAGAGCGGUUCACUGCGGUCGUGGUGCAGCGGCACGCACAUUCGCAAUGUGGCCCUCUCAGCGGAGCCCCUUGUCUGUGCGCUGGUGCGGGCCCAGGCCACCCGAUUCCUCAUGCGCUGGCCCUCGCUGCAUCUCUGCCACGUCACCAACCUCAUCCCCCACGUCAGCAUCAGCCACCACGUAGCUGCCAGGCUGGCAUUCUUCGAGGACACGCAAGCAGAGAUCAUAAGAGACGUGGCUGCUGACACGGCAGGGGAAAGCACGAGGUCAGAUGUGAGGAAGAGCAAACAGGCGAAGGACCUGCAAGGCAUGGAGUUGGGUAAGGAGGUGGAGAUCGAGAGUGUAAACAAGGUUUUCUAG